GUAGGCGUUGCCGCGGUUCCCGAGGGUCACAGUCCGCGUGACCCGCCCCCGUUUGCAAUCUCGCCGUCUUCGCCGGCGCAGUCACCGCGCAGGGCGGCCGCCCGGAGGUAGCUACCACGGCCUGUGUCAACGACUAAAGCUCCGGUACAGCGGCGCCCUCAGAGACAGCUGGGAGGGUGGCUCUGGCCGGGAGCGGCGGCCGGUGAGCUACCGCGAGGAGGAGCGGCGGAGGCGACCUCGGCCCGGCCCUGCACUAGCCGUCCGGCAGGCACGACAUGAGCCUGGUCUGGCAUCCGCGGGAUGCUCCUUGAGCCCCUUCUCCGGCUGUGAACCUCGGGAACGGUUUCGUGAUCACACCGACACGUAUUUUACAAAUAAAUCAUUCUUGCCGCGGCGAGUCGAACGCGUUUAUUUAUUUUUGAUUUUCUCAACAAGCAUUUACCCAGCACCUGUCCAGUGAAACAACUUGAUAAGCGUUUCGAGGAGCGUCCGCCGGUUUAGGAGGCCACUGCCUGGCAGCUCGUGGAAGCCGUAUUUGCAACGCCCCCCUUCAGAUGAUCGUAACGUCUUGUAACUAGCAGUGUGUGCACAGAAUCCUACUCAAGGAACGUCUUGGCCCAGCGAUGCAAAGAACUGAAGUUUCAAGCUGGAAGAGCCUGUGUUGUCCUCAAAAUAAUAUAGAAGAAUUCAAGAUAGGAGAAAGAGACAGCAGCGAAUGAAGACUCUAAAAGAAAAGAAGGAACGCCAAAGAUUGAGGAAAUCUGCCAAGACUAGGAGGGUAACCCAGAGGAAACCGUCUUCAGGGCCUGUUUGCUGGCUAUGCCUUCAAGAAGCUGGGGAUCCCGAAAAAUUAGGGGAAUUUCUUCAGAAAGACAAUAUCAGCGUGCAUUAUUUCUGUCUUAUCUUAUCUAGUAAGCUGCCUCAGAGGGGCCAGUCCAACAGAGGUUUCCAUGGAUUCCUGCCUGAAGAUAUCAAAAAGGAGGCAGCUCGGGCUUCUAGGAAGAUCUGCUUUGUGUGCAAGAAAAAGGGAGCUGCUAUCAACUGCCAGAAGGAUCAGUGUAUCAGAAACUUCCAUCUGCCUUGUGGCCAAGAAAAGGGUUGCCUUUCACAAUUUUUUGGAGAGUACAAAUCAUUUUGUGACAAACAUCGCCCAGCACAGAACAUCCAACAUGGGAAUAUGGGAGAGGAAAGCUGCAUCUUGUGUUGUGAAGACUUAUCCCAACAGAGUGUUGAGAACAUCCAGAGCCCAUGUUGUAGUCAAGCCAUCUACCACCGCAAGUGCAUACAGAAAUAUGCCCACACAUCAGCAAAGCAUUUCUUCAAAUGUCCACAGUGUAACAAUCGAAAAGAAUUUCCUCAAGAAAUGCUGAGAAUGGGAAUUCAUAUUCCAGACAGAGAUGCUGCCUGGGAACUCGAGCCAGGGGCUUUCUCAGACUUAUAUCAGCGCUAUCAGCACUGUGAUGCCCCCAUCUGUCUGUAUGAACAAGGCAGAGACAGCUUUGAGGAUGAAGGGAGGUGGUGCCUCAUUCUGUGCGAUACAUGCGGAUCCCACGGAACCCACAGGGACUGCUCCUCUCUUAGAUCCAACAGUAAGAAAUGGGAGUGUGAGGAGUGUUCACCUGCUGCAGCCACAGACUACAUACCUGAAAACUCAGGGGACAUCCCUUGCUGCAGCAGUACCUUCCACCCUGAGGAGCAUUUCUGCAGAGACAACACCCUGGAAGAGAAUCCGGGCCUUUCUUGGACAGAUUGGCCAGAACCUUCCUUAUUAGAAAAGCCAGAGUCCUCUCGUGGCAGGAGGAGCCACUCCUGGAGGUCCAAGGGUGUCAGAAUCACUAACAGCUGCAAAAAAUCCAAGUAACACCUUCUGAGUAGCUGCUGUCCCGCACAAUAGGGUAUGAAGCUGUGCUCCUCCAUCGGGUUUGGGGAGGGAACACUCUGGGACUGUGAGACAAGGAAGCAGGACCAGCAGUGAGUCUAUGAGCCAAGCAAAGAGAAGUCUCAGGGGAGCAUGAGGAGGGAGCAGCCCAGAUGCCAACAAGGAAAUGAGUUUAUGGCUACAAGAGUGCCUCUGCUUUCUCCUCCUCUCCUCCCACCAAGAUUCUUCCACCUUAAUCUGGUUUUCACAUGCCUCUUCUUCACCCAUGUUUGUUGUUUUGCAAUAAAGGUGUUCUCUCCA